AUGAGUUAUGCGAAAAAAGGAAGUUUGAGAAAAUGUUUAUCUGAUAUAAUUAAAUUUAAAUGGCAGGAUAAGCUACAAUUAUUGAAAACAAUUAUAUUAGGACUUAAAGUAAUUCAUGAAUCAAAUUUAACUCAUGGUGAUUUUCAUGAUGGUAAUGUUUUAAUAUCAGAUAAUUACAAUGAAUUAUUUAUUAUUGAUUUAGGACUAUGUAAACCUAUAAGUGAUUCUGGUAAUAAGGUUAAUGAAAUUUAUGGAGUUUUACCUUAUAUGGCACCUGAAAUAUUAAGAAAUGAGCCCUAUACUCCAGCAAGUGAUAUUUAUAGUUUUUCAAUGAUGAUGUGGGAAUUUACAUCAGGUAUUCCUCCAUUUAAUAAUGAAGCACAUGAUCUUGAACUUGUCUUGGAUAUUUGUAAUCAAGAAAAACGUCCUGAAAUUAUGAAAAAUACACCAAAAUGUUAUAUAGAUUUAAUGAAAAAAUGUUGGGAUUCAAAUCCCUCCAAUAGACCAACCAUAAAAAUGCUUGAAAAUAUUGUAUCUGAAUGGAUUAGAUGUAUUAAUAAAUAUUAUGAAAUAAACAGGGAUGGAAAUUAUGAAUAUCAAGUGUCUAUUAUUGAUAAUCAAUUAAAAGAUGAUAUGUUUGAAUUUGUAGAAGCAAACAAAACUUUAGAACAAGAACAAGCAAAUACUUCUAUUAUGCAAUCUCAUCCACAAGUAUAUUAUAUAAGUCGCAAAUUGACUAAAUUUACUGAAAUUUUUUCUCAAGAAAAGUCCGAAUUCAUAGUUCAGGAAAUUAUUCAAGAAAAGUCUGAGUGCUUUGAAUGUAUAGUUGAAGAUUAA